AUGGCAUAUUCAGAAGAUCUAAAGAAAAUUUCGACGGAAACUCGUAAAUAUCUUAAUUUGAUGUUUCGAUCAGUAUGUUCAUGUCAAGAUUUCAAAGAUUUACAAAAUCCUUUGAUAAGAGACAGUUUGGAUAUUGCGUUAUCCGAUAUUCUUGACAAUAUCAUUCCUAGUAUCGAACUAGGGAAUCCACCGCCGUUCAUUCCUUUUCGUGAAACUUCUUACACGAUGUUAAAUGAUUUUCGAAAUAUCGAAAUGAUUUGUGAUGAUUUGAUGACUGACUUGGAAGAGUACGCGGAAAUCGACGAAGAAUUUAGUGGUAUGCCUCGAUUAGUUAAAGUUUUGUUGACUUUCUAUCCUAAUAUUCCAUUUUGGAAUUAA